CCCUCCUCCAUCGAAGGCUGGGAUUAAGAGGGUUGAGUUAAAUCGUUGGGGAUUUGAUGGAGGAGAUACUGAUUCCUCUAAAAUAGACCCAACAUGGAGCGUCUGCAAAAAAUAUCUAGGGGUGGUUACUAUUCUAAUCCUGAACGGAGUUAUGAAGAAGAAGGGGAUGAAGAGGAAGACAGGGAAUCAGUGACCUCUGAAGAAGACGGGGAAUCGGUGACCUCUGAACAGAGGCUGUCCAGAUUGAGAAGUGGAACCUGGACCAAAGGUGACAGAUUCGUACUGACUGGAACUGAAGAAAAGGAGGAUAAAGAUGAUGUUGUUGACAAAUAUGGUGGCGAUGGCGGGGAGGACAUCUCUACGGACAGCACAACAGAGGACAAAAGGAAGCUUUAUGGACAUGCUGAGGAUGAAGUUAAGAGAAAGAAGAAAGCCCAGGAGAAGAGUCAUCAGUGGGUUAGGCCAACUGCCCCAGGGAAUGACCGGGACAAUGACCGGCGGAGGAAUAACCGGCCAAGGGAGCGGCAACCUGCCCCCGAAAAAGAACACAUCGGCAUGAUCUUCGGAGGACCCGAGGGUGGAGAUUCAGCCGCGCAGCGGAAGAACUGGGUCCGGAGCAUUUACGUUGGAGAGGUAAGUGCUAAACCGCCCAGGCGUAAGCAUACUAGGAAGGAGCCUAUCGUCUUUACUGACCGGGAUCUCCCUCCUACCGGUGAAGAUCACAAUGAUCCAUUGGUCAUCACCAUGGACAUUAAUGGGGUGGAUGUCGCCCGGGUACUUGUUGACACCGGUAGCAGUGUCAACAUCUUAUACCUGGAGACCUUCCAGAAACUCAGGUUGUGUCAAACACAACUUGAACCCCUCAAAACCCCUCUCUCAGGCUUCACGGGGGAUACCGUUGAAGCUGAAGGAUCCAUAGUUCUACCGGUCGAACUAGGAUCAGGUGAAAAGACCGUGUGGAAGAAGAUGCGGUUCAUAGUUGUGGACAUCAAGUGCAUCCACAACGCAAUCCUAGGAAGGCCAGGCAUCAAUAAGGUCGGGGCGGUGAUUUCCAUGCCUCAUCUAUGCAUGAAGUUCCACACUCCAGGUGGUGUGAGUGAGGUGAAGGGAGACCAGAGGAACGCCCGGGAAUGCUAUGCCCGGGCAGUCAAGAAAAUGACCAGGGGGGUCAAUGUCAUCUCCCAAGAGAUCACAAAGGGAGAGACCCGGGAGAAACUGGAACCCGAGGCUGAGACGGUGGAAAUCGAACUUCACCCGGGUGAUUCUUCGAGGAUGGUCAGAAUUGGAGCAAAUCUCCCUGAGGAUCUCAAGGAGCAGAUUACAUGGGUCCUCCAAGAAUACGCGGGCAUAUUCGCAUGGAGCGUGGCGGAUAUGCCCGGGAUAGAUCGCUCUGUUAUCUGCCACCGGUUGGCCGUGAGGGAGGGAAGUCGACCGGUACGCCAAAAGAAGCGGUACCUGGCCAGUGACCGGCGAGACUUCGUCAAGAAGGAAGUGAAAGACCUCCUCAGUGUUGGUCACAUCCGGGAAGUCAAGUACCCGGAUUGGCUGGCCAACNCCGCAAAAAAGUUAACAUCCUACUUCCAAGCUCACCCGGUAGAAGUCUUGACUGACCAACCGCUGGGUGCAGUGUUGCGAAAUUCAACAUCCUCCGGGAGGAUGGUAAAGUGGGCGAUGAUGUUAACUCAAUUCCACAUUGAGUACCGGCCGAGGUCGGCAAUUAAGGGACAGGCCCUAGCUGACUUCCUCGUGGAAAUGACCGGUCUAACUCCAGAUUUACCGGUCAACGAGCCCACUGAGCAAUGGUGGGAGAUGGCAGUUGAUGGGGCGUCCGGUCCUAGAGGAUACGGGGGUGGUAUCGUGUUCGCCACCCCAGAAGGGUUCAAGAUCUACCAUGCAAUCGUCUUCAAUUUCAAGCUGACGAACAAUGAGGCAGAAUAUGAAGCUCUGGCUGGAGGGCUCAGACUUGCCCAAGCCCUGAGAAUCAGCCGGGUCAGUAUCAUAUCUGACUCUAGCCUGAUAGUAGGGCAGGUGACCGGUAACAUGGAAGCAAGGGAAGGACGCAUGGCACAAUACAAGGACCUUGUACUUGCCCUGUUGAAAGGCUUCGAAGAAUUCAAGAUCGCCCAAAUUCCCCAGGCGGAGAACGCGGAUGCAGACCUUCUCUCCAAAUUGACGCAGUAUGCUCCUGAGCAUGUUUCGAAACUUGCCCGGGUAGAGAUCCUUGACCGUGCAAGCAUCGAGAAAUUGGAAGUCGCCGCAAUAACUGCCGGAAGCCAGUUUUACCGGUCAAACUUGGUCGGGGCGGACGACCAUUGGAUGUAUGAUCUGAUGGAAUAUUUGACGGAUGGGAGCUUGCCAGAACAAGAUGACCGGGCAAGAAAAGUGAAGCUCAGGGCACCCCGAUUCCAGAUUCUUGAUGGAAAGCUGUAUAAAAGGGCAUUUAGGGGGCCACUCCUCAGAUGUCUAACCAACCGGGAAGCUGAGCGAGUCAUAGCGGAAGUCCACGAAGGCGUAUGCGCGGCGCAUCAAAUGUCCCGACGUGCCAAGUAUUCUAUAAGUAUCCCGGUAGACCGGCGACCUACUACCACCCCGUAUCGAAUGUCAUCCCAUUCGCUAGAUUCGGGGUUGAUAUCAUUGGAGCCUUCCCAGUCGCUCAAGGAGGGAAGAAGUUCGUAAUCGUAGCCAUCGAUUACUUCACCAAGUGGAUCGAGGCCGAAGCAUUGGCCAGCAUUACCACGCAACAAUGCAAGAAAUUCAUUUGGAAGA